AUGGCUGAAGGAAAAGACGAAGGAGAGGUUUCUCUUUCCGUCAGAAACGAGGAAGAUGUUUCCCCUGAAUCUCUAGCUUGGGCUGAUUCCUGCAUCGUCAGUUUUCCAGAUGAUUCAGGCAACACUGAUUGGGGAACCUUUAGAGAUGCUUUAACAGAAAUCAUCGAUAUCCAUCCCGAUAUUUUUGUUCCUUGGUCAACAGGAACAACAACAAGUGUCCUGUCUCCGUCUCCAGACGAUGAUAUGACUGAAGCCGAGUCAUUUCAUACGCGGGAUUUUGAAUCGGAAGCUGUUUCAGCAGCGAGCAGCAGUAACAUUUCGUCGAACGAAGAAGUCAGCGAGAUCGUCUCUUUGCUAACGUUUGAAUCAGACCCGUCAAAGAAUUCUUUACAAGAUCAUUACUUUCCAAAGUCCAUGGCGGAGAAAGUAGCAACUUCCGAGCCAGUGCACAAUCGUACUACAGAUCUUGGAGGCGCUGAAUGUAUCGAAGAGGAUGAUGGUUGUGGGAGUAAUGGAGAGGCGGAAGAAGAGGAAGAAGGAGAGCCAGAAACGUCUCAAGUCUUCAAGGAUGAUUUCAUGAGCACAUACAUUCAAGACAACAUUGACGAUUUUAUUGUUUCAGAGGAUCCGUUUAAAGUAACUCCGCAAGAGAUUUUCAAGGUGUGGGAUCUUGAGAUCGUGAGGGACGACGAUGAUGAGGAAGAUGGGUUGCUGCUGCAACUGAAGAAUGCACUCGAUGAGUCUUCCACGGUUCGGCCACUGAAUGAUGUUCAAGUUGUUGCGGGGAAGAGCAGUAUCGAUGAUCUGAUAGCUGGGAUCUCGGAUCUGUCUCUCGCUGAAACAUUUAAGUGA